AUGACUACUACUACUACUAGUGGUGAUGGCAGUGAAAGUGAUACCAAAGCACAAGUUCGACUAGAUGCUACCAUUGACUUGAAAACCGGCCGAUUGGUGAAAGUACCAUCGUCUAGUAGUGUUACGACCACUAGUGACGAAAGUUAUCCUGAGUGGUUCCUGGCAUAUGUCCCACAAGAAGAAGAUGGUUGUUAUUUGGAGGAUUUGGAUGGCUCGAUUGGGGACAUGUCUUCCGACAAGGUAUGCUGGUGGCACAUGGCCGAUGGGAAAGUGCUGGGGUUGCACCGGGGGCAGCUAGUGGAGUACGACGCCAAGACGUUGGCUCCAUUAGGCAUUGUCGUACCGGAAGAAAACCUGAGAAAUCGAGAAGUACUCGUGGUCCAAAACAAGACGACGUUAGUCUUGGUGGACGACAAAACUCAGGAAAUGGAAGUGGUGCACCCAAACACCGACGGAAGCUACUGGAGAAGAGUUUCCCGUAGCAAAGUCGUUCGUUUGGAAGAGCUGGCAAGAGAAGAAGUGGCGAAACGAUGGAUGGAGCAGAUGCAGUAG